AUGGGACAAGGAAAUCGGAAAAGGCUUUUGAUUGGAACAGGUCUGUUGCCCAGCCAGUACAACAGGAUGACGGACGUAAACCACCAUGGGUCCUACACUAGAGCAUAUUGGUGGGGUAUGGCCCAUUCCUGGCAGAGUAAGUUUGGCUUGUAUGGUUUCGCAGAAGUGGAGGAGACGAAAUGCCGAGCUCUUCUUUCUCAGACGUCGCCACCAGUGAUGUUGUUGGAGCAAUGGGACAUGGUCCUCCUGCAGCAGGGAAACUUGGAGAAAUCUGUAGAAACGAAGGGAACUGUGUGCGAUGGCUUGAAGAAGCGCUAUGGCUUGGUUCAUAUCUCCCCGGGUCAGAUACUUCGUGAUGAGGUUUGCAAGGAAAGCGACUUAGGUUUGCAGGUGAAGCACUACAUGUCUCAGGGACUUCUUGUUCCGCAUGAAUUGGUCAUUGAGAUCAUGCACGAACGUCUGCGAAGGCCAGAUGUACUGAACCGCGGGUGUUUGUUGGACAACUUUCCACUGACCGAAGAGCAAGCUGCGACUUUUACCAAGAGAUUUGGCGUCGAGAAGCUUUUGCUGAUCAAUGUGCCUGAAGACGAUUUGAUCAUUCGGUCGACCCAGCGUCGAUUGGACCCUCUGACUGGGCGAAUCUAUCAUUUGAAGUAUCGCCCACCGCCAGCUGAAAUCGCAGCUCGCUUGGUCCAAAGAAGUGAUGACCAGGAGGAGUCUGUAAAGCAGAGGAUUGAAACCUAUAAUCAGCACAUUCAGUCUAUUCUCCCCUAUUUCAGUGGAAAAAUCAGCCAAAUCGAUGGUACCAAAGCUCCUGCAGAGGUUUUGGCUCUUGCUUGCGAGGUCUUGGAAGAUCUUGAAUGGACGAGUGAGGAACUGCCAUACUUUGGAAAUGUGGCAUUCGCUGGGCCAUUCUCCAUUCAACAAGCCAAACGUGCUGGAUUUUACUCCCCAGAAGAUCCACCUGAGGAGGGUGCAAAGGUGGUGUGUUUUCAACGCGGCGCAAAUUGGCAACGUCGGGGUCUUGUGCAAGAUGUUAGCGAAUGCACAAGUGAUGGGCAUGGUUUGAGAAAAGGUUUCGAGGGGAUGCUAGUCACUCUGAGUGACAACUCUGAAGUGUUCACAUGUUGGUCAGCCUUUCUUGCGCCUGUGAAUGAUAGAGAGUACUCGGCAAUUUGCACAACUCAUGGCUUCCUUUCGUCGAACUAUUGUGCUCUAUGCCCCUGCAGCAAAGGUGUUGGGGAUGUCGACUGCAUCAGCAAGGAAGAUGCUCGAGUCAGUUUGAUGAAAUGGCUGAAAGAGCUAGAGGAUGCAGACGGUGAGCCAUUUGAAGUUACUUCAGAAGCGUUGAACUCGGUGCUCAAGCAGUUUGAUUCCAACGAGGAUGCGUCCUUGUUCUUGUACACAACACAUCAAAAACUGGGAAGAAGAAUCAGCCUGGUGACCGGCUUGGACUAUUCUCUUUAUUAUCGUGCCCUCAACAAUACUUUGAAUUGUGAUGCAUCUCAUAAUGUAAAAAAUGCUAUGACUUUGAUUCAAAGAAUGAUCUAUUGCCUACUCUCUAAUCCUGAUGGUUCCAAACGUCUGCACAAAGGUGGCAGAGUUUGGAAAGGUGACACACAGAGACCUGUUCCUUUAAACAUGCAAAAGCUUCGGGAAGCUUCUCGCUUGGAACGCAUCGUUCGCUUUCGACAAUUCCAAUCCACCACCAAUGAUCGCCAGCUGGCAGAGAAGUAUCGAAAACGUGAAGAUGGCCGAGGCUAUUUGUGGACCAUAGAUAUACCUCCAAACUUUUGGGGGGCUAGGGACAUACAUGACAUCUCAUGGAAAGAUAAGGAGAGUGAGACCUUGUUCCCUCCCUAUUCUGCCUUCCGGGUGCAGAGUAUGGAUGACAGCCAAUGUCAUUUGCUGGCAGUUGACCGCGGCUCUGAGCUCACCGAUCGGGCGGAACGUCAUGGACUUCGAGGUACUGACUUCAAUAUGAUGAUGGAUGCCUAUCACAUGCACUUGACGAAGGCCAAAUCCAGGAACAGCAUCCCUUUGGCUGCAGUGCUGCAGGGAGCUGGUCCUCACUUAUGUCCAGGAGGCAACCAUCACCCAGUUGCUCCCGAGGGAGCAACACCUUUCCAAAUGGCCUCAGUGGCUUCCAAUUCAAUUUUCGUGGUCCGUUUGAAGGAACUUUGCAUUCCAACUGUGGUGGCCAUCACGGGCAAUGCCAUCGGAGGAGGCGUUGCAGUGUCUCUCAAUGCGACAGAACGGGUCAUUGCGCAGAACGGCUCUGCAGCCUUUGGCAAUCUUAGCAGAGGUGCAUGUCCCAUCAUGAUGCUUUCAAAGCAUCUUCCGGAGCAUGUUGGCCUCACCGCAGCGAUUGAUAUCUAUUUGACUGACUCCACUUUCAGUGCUAACGCAGUUCAAAAGGCUGGCAUGGUCAGCCGUAUUUCUGCAGAUAUCAGGAGCACCAAAGCCACUGCACUCGCGAUGGCCCGAAAGAUGGCCUCGCUUCCCGGUGCUCGACUGGCGGUCAUGGUGCAGCCUACCCUCUCUGUUGAAAGGUACGAAGAUGAGGCUUAUGGUAUCUACACAUGUGGCCGUACGGGUCAGAUGCACUUCCCAGGUCAGUCCAAGACUUGA